UCAGGGAUGAACAAUCAAUACGUGCGCCGGGAAGUCUUCUGCUGUGAAACCUGCAGAGAGCUCAAGAGCUUCUGGGAAAAGGAAAUUAGCAAACAGACUUGCUACCGAGAACUGGAGGAGCAUCGCCAGGGACGGAGCGCCCUGAGAAAGCUCCGGGAAGAAUGGAAGCAGAGGCUGGAGCAGAGGCUGAGGAUGCUGGACCGUCCUGACGAGAAGGAGAAGCAGGCUGGCCCUGAGCACUGAGGGCGCCCUGCCUCGCCCGCUUCAAAGACAGCCAGCCACCAGGGGCCUUUGUCUGGGAGGAAAAGCUAACACCCAAGUCAUGUUGCCUUACUAAGCAGGACGCUCUGUUUGCUUGCCCAUCUAUGAAGGGAAUUGCCUGGGAAGCCUCCUCCCGCACCAAUGGGAGUUAUUAUCCAGCUCAGUCCUCUCUCUGCACAGAGCACGGGCGGGGGGGGGGGGCUGCAAAUAGCGUAGUGAGCUUGAGUUAUUUAAUAUAAAAAGCUCUUGGAAUUAGCACAUGCCUCACCCCCAGGUUCCAAAGAUCCACGUAGCAUAAGCCUGUUCCCCGUUCUCUUCUCCUUUUGAAAUCUGAAUGUUUUCUCUGAACUUCCAGAAGGUAAAGAUCUCGAUGGAAACCUGG